UUACUGAAUGCGGAAGUACGCAUUGCCGCUCUCAUGUUGAUGUGAGCAUGAUGAUGGCUAGGAUAAACUCGGAACUUGAAGCAAAUAUGAAUAGGUAUGCUGCAGAACAGGUAUUUUUGUGAAACUGAAUUCUCACCGCCGCGGAGGAAACCCUUUAGUAACACGCCAUGUCACAAAAGGACCUGAAGGAGGCGUUUGUCAGUAAUCUCAAUGGGACCAGUCUCCAGGAAGUGGCACUGGGUUCCCUCCUCUCUCCAGUGUGCUUCAUCAACAGAGGACUCAUCCUGAUCCUCUACUACCAGGCCAAAGAGACCCUUCCACUGCCACUCCCCUGUUCUCACCUGUUUCUAGACUUCUCCGUGCUCAUCCUUCCCCUCGUUCUGUCCUGCACCAUCCUGAGCAGCGUUCUCCAACACGUCAUCCCGAGCCUGCUCUUGGUUACACUUUGCUUCUACUGCUACGUCCAUCUUAAAAACCAGCAUCCGCAGAAUACUGUCAGCAGUUUUCUUCAGAGUCAUGUCCAAUACAAGCAGAUUCCCUUUGUCACGAUAUUCAGAGUGCUUGUAAAUGUCAAAACAGCCAUCAGCAUUCUUGCUGUAGACUUCAGUGUGUUUCCGAGACGCUAUGCUAAGACGGAAACCUACGGGACAGGUGUGAUGGACUUUGGUGUGGGGGCGUAUGUUUUUGCCAACGCUCUUGUUUGUCCGGAGGCUCGGGGAAAGAGCUUCUCAGGAUCCAGGAUGAAUCACAUCAAAAAGCAGCUCCUUUCUGUGUGGCCCCUGCUCGCUCUAGGUAUGGGACGGCUGGUUAGCGUCAAAAUGACCGGCUACCACGAGCAUGUGACAGAAUACGGCGUCCACUGGAAUUUCUUCUUCACACUCGCCAUCGUCAGAGUUGUUGCUUCUUUGCUGUUGGCCGUUCUACCAGCCAAUCGGUCGUGGGUGUAUGCAGUUAUGAUCAGUGGACUUUAUCAGCUUGCUUUGGAGAAAACGGAGCUGAAGGCGUUCAUUCUCCACAACAACGACAGAGAAAAAGACUUUCUGCAUGCUAACAAGGAGGGCAUUUUCUCCGUCGUGGGCUAUGUAGCGCUCUACCUGGCAGGAGUUCAGGUUGGACUCUACGUCAUGCAGCCGAGAUCCCUGGUUCGACAGUGGCUUAAAGUACUCUUCAACCUCUCAUUUGUGUCUCUUGCCCUGUUUGCUGCUCUGUGGGUGUGUCAGACCCUCACAGAGCCGGUGUCUCGCUGCUUAGCUAAUUUAUCUUUCUUCAUCUGGAGCGUUGCCCAGUCGCUGUUGUUUCUGUGCUGCAUCGGUUUCGCUGAUAUGGUGUUACUGUUUUCCAAAAAGACAUCAGGCUGUCAUUUGGUCCCCUCGUCGUGGAGUUUGUGUAAAAAACAAUCGGACUCUGACCAAAAGACGGACGACAUGGACGGACUGUGCCUCGUUCAAGCUGUCAGCAGGAAUCAGCUGUUCUUUUUCUUGCUCGCUAAUGUCAUGACAGGAAUGACCAACUCUGUGGUGGACACCCUGAGCUGCAGCAGUUUGUUGUCAGUGUGUGUUUUAGUGUUGUACAUGUUCAUGAAUUGCUUUGUGAUUUAUCUCUUACACGUGUGGAUCACAAUUAAAUUCUGGUGAGGUUGAGUUUGUAAAACUGCGAGAUGAAUCCGUAUCAUGGGGCUGGAAUUAAAUGUUAAAAUACUCAUACUAUUAUUUCAAUCAGCAGAGAUGUGAAUAAAGAAAAAGAUUUUUUACGAUAACAUAGAAAUGUGACUUGAGACAAAGACUUUGCCGCUUGGACCCUGUGGACUCUAUGAUUCUUAGCAUUAACAGAAUAAAUCCUCCCCAUGGAGUCCAGACCCUGGUGUUGGUGGAUCUGCUGACUAGUUGAGACCGGAUGGGUGAAGAAUUGAUGGAUGAUGAUUUUGUGAAGACGGGCGGUGAUCAGGAGGUGGAGGGGCGUAUGAAACAUCGGCAAGAAGGAACUAUAAAGGCAGAGGAGGAGUCAUGUUUGAAUAGGGGAGCAGAACGAUGGUAGGCUGACAACGAGGGAGGAACGCCAUGCGAUUGAUUAGAUGAGCACAGCUGACCAGACUGCUAAUUAACCAAUGACAGCCCCAGAAAAUGACAGUGAGAGUGCGAGAGAGGGAUGAAAGAGAGAUGGACCCGACCAUUAAGGCAAAUACAAAAUCUUCCUGACUGAUCGUAGAGCUUCAUUCAAAAAAGAGUCCUCUGAGUUGCUGAAUAUUGACUGUGUGUGCUUUGUUUAUAUGUGCAAAUGAAAGUUCUUAUUCCUUCUGUGUUGUGAGCAGAGAGUCUAGCAUUUAAAAGCAAACUAUUCCUCUGCAUUAUCGUCCUUUGACCUAAAGCACCAUCUUUACUAUCGGACUGCAUCUGAUUGGGACAACUUUAAAGGUCUUUGUAGGGGCGCUGGAUAGCCUAGCUGUUAUGUCGUGCGCACCAUGUACAGAGACUAUAGUCCUCGUCGCAACGGGGUUUGAAUCUGACCUCGGCCCCUUAGCUGUGUGUCAUCCA